GGUUUGCCCAGUCAGUCUGGUGUUGGAAUUCCCCUGGAACAGUUGCCUAUUGCUCGAUAUCUUUCCAAUCGCACUAAAUAACAUUACAAUUGUCAACAUAAACCCCAAAUGGAUUAUCCCUCUGACUAAUGGUCCUGAAUCGAUUCAAAUCAUUAUUUACAUAUUGAACGUGACGGAAAAAAUUCUUCUAAAGCGUUAAAUUAAGAGCCGAAAUGGCCAAACUUCAAAUGGCGAUUCCUUUUCUAUUGGUGGUGUUGGUACAUAGCUCGGUGGCGACUGUCGCGUUCCAAUCCAUCGUGAGUCACGGCUGCCAGCGAGACCAACUGCAUAGAUGUGUCAAAACAGCAGAGCCUUUGUUACGCAAUCCAGACUACGUCGUACCCUCCACCAUAUCCGAUGUGUCUACUCAUUGCAGAAUUGGAAACGAAUUUAUCGAUUGCAUUAGAGGCUACGCACUGAUAUGUCUGACGAGCGAUCGGCGUCAGCAGCAACUGCAAAUCGCCCUAGAUGAAGCCGUAAAAAAUGACGAGAUGUGCUCGAAUCCCAAUUAUCAAGCAGAUUAUUUGAAGCACGCUCCGUGCAUCAAAACUAUGGCGACGGACGAAGGAAAGUGCCGGAAGCAGCUUAAUUACCUGAUUGAUCAAGUCUCUGCGCUUUCCAUCUCCAACAUUCAAAUUUGCUGUGCCCAUCACGCAUUCCGCGAAUGCAUGCUAUCAGCAACCGAGAGAAACUGUCGAGCAUCGUUAGACGGUAGAGCAGUCCAGUUUACCAAAGACAUGUUUUCAAAAUCCUUGGCCUUCCUUCUUAAGCAAUGCGAGGACUAUGUACCAAACUCUGCACAAUGUCCAGCUGCAGGACCGACUGCUAAAGAAAUCUGGGAAACAUCAAUUCCUUCACAAGAUAGUACAAGACCUGCUUUCAACGAUUUCACUACACGAAGAAGCAACAACUUUGUUUGGCAACAGACAACCUUCAAACCUUGGUAUCCUGGCAUCAGAGGAAACUCGCUUGAUACACCCAGGCAACAAGGACUUUUCUCUAAUGCCAGCAAACUAACUGGGAAUAUCUUGCUCUUCCUAUCUGUUCUUUUCAUUUCUGUAGUAUACUAGUUGGUCUUCUAAAUAUUUUUGCAAAAUUUUACUGUCAUUGUUUUGGCUAAGCAAAACCCAUACCAUCGCUUUCGAACAGAGUAGGAAUCGUGAUUCUCAUUUCCUUUGGCCAGGUUUUUCUUCAUUAUCAAUUUAAAGUUACUUUUCUUGAUUCCAGGUUGACACAAUACACGUCUCAAUGUAUACAUUAA